AUGACUUCUGACCAGCCGCCGGCUGAUGACGCUGCUCCCCAUCACGCUCCUGCUGCCUCCAUUGGCCCCUCUGUCCCCAAAGACAUCUCCAUGGUCAGAGUCCUCGAGUAUAUGAGAUCGACGUUUAGUGAUGCUUCCGUCCUCGAUGCCCUGCCAUUGGAAGCAGCGGCAAACCCUGGGGCCUAUCACGCAUGGCAAACCUAUCGAGGCCUGAAGUCGCAGUCUAGUCCGACUUCGCCAAGUCCCCACACCGCCAACGGCGACAAGGCCACUGCAGAGAAUUCGACGCUGGGUAGGAACCGCCGCCCAGGGGCUUGGAACUGGGAGGGGGUCUGGGAAGAGCGCGUGAAGAAAGCAGUCAAGGCUAGUCUUUUGGACUCUGUCCUAUAUGGUACCAGUGUGGGAGACGAUAUCGUAUGGUUCAAAGGCAUCACCAUAACUUUCUGCAGUUUGGCUUACACGUGA